UACUCUCCCUCUGUACAUUUUGAGGAAGAGAAAAAAGGAGAGACUUUGGUGGAGAGCUCUGAGCUGGAGUUACCAAACCCUGUCGCGAUUUCUGUGCAAAUCCUCCGAGGAAGUUCGCAUACACAGUUGGAUUGGAUCCUUCCCCGUGUUCUCUCUCCGUCGCUCGGGCGUGAUCGAUACUGUCUGCUGCAAAGGCUGCGCAAGAUUGGCUGAUUUGGAUUCGUGUGGGAAGCCCACUUAGUUGAACAAUUGCUUCUAGCAAUGGCAAACCGGAUCAAGGAAGACGAGAAAAAUGAGCGAAUUAUACGUGGCCUUCUCAAGCUCCCUGAGAAUAGAAGAUGUAUUAAUUGCAAUAGCCUGGGACCACAGUAUGUUUGCACCGGUUUCUGGACAUUUGUGUGCACAACGUGUAGUGGAAUACACCGAGAGUUCACACAUCGUGUAAAGUCUAUAUCAAUGGCUAAAUUCACAUCGCAAGAAGUUAGUGCCCUCCAAGGAGGUGGAAAUCAGCGUGCGAAGGAAAUCUAUCUCAAGGAAUGGGAUCCACAGCGUAAUUCUCUGCCUGAUGGCAGUAAUGUCGACAGGUUGCGAGAUUUUAUUAAGCAUGUUUAUGUGGACAAAAGAUACUCAGGUGAUAGGAGUUAUGAUAAACCUCCAAGGGUGAAGAGUGACAAAGAAGACUCAUACCUAGGAGGUUCUCGAAGUCCUCCAUAUGAGGAGACGUAUGAUCGGCGAUACAGUGAUAGGUCAAGCUCCGGUGGAAGAAGUCCAGCAUAUGAUCAAGAAAGCAGACAGUAUAGUGAUUACAAGAGAAGUCCUUCUCGUCCAGAUAUAGUCAAUGAUUGGCGUCGAGAAGACAGAUUUGGAAAUGGAAAGAAAUUGGAUGAUCGCCGAACUUCUGAUGGAGAAUCAAAGAUAGGAGGAUCACCUGAACGACCAAAAGAUCUAGAUACAUCUAGUCCACCUAUGGUGCGACCAGUUAGGGAAAUACUGGGAGAUAAUGUUUUGCCUCUUCGGAUAGCAGAACCUCCUAAAGCCAAUGGUACCAGGGCCACUGAUGGCUUGGUGCAGACACAGAGGACUGCAUCUUCCAGUAGCUUGGGUUCAACAAACGGGAAUGUAGCAGAAGUUAAGCCCGAGAAAGCAGUUAGCUUAAUUGAUUUUGAUGCUGAUCCUCAACCUCCUACUACAGCCGCCACACAGCCGCAUCCACCUACCAUGAGUCAAGCCAUUUCUCCGCCGAUGGCUUCUACUAGUCAGGAUAAUUGGGCCUCUUUUGAUGUCACACCUGCAACAAUUGCAUCACAGCCUCCAAACGCAAGUCCCCUGGAUUCUGUCAUAUCUCAGUUGACGACUCCAGCUCCUGCACCUGGUCAACAAUCAGGAGGCCCUGGGUUAGGGGGGGCAUUUGUUGUACCUGGAGGCAGCUCAGCAGUGUUACCACUGGUUGGUAGUUCAAUCACUGCACCUGUAGGUAACACUCCUGUGUUGCCCUUGACUGCAGUUGCUUCCACAGUUGUGCCAGCAGGAGGUGCUUCAGUCAUUGCCCCAGGAUUGGUGUCAACUUCUGCUGUAAGUGGUGGCCCUGCUUUCAGUACUCCACCUCAGCAACCUACCCUAUUCUCAGCAGCUGGUAUGCAGACCACUCAACCAUCUUCAAUGCACACUCAUGGAGCAUCUAGCAAUCAGUCCUGGAGUGCGUCACCUCCUGCAAUGCAAGGACCUUUUAGCAUGGUUUCGUCUCAAGCAAUUCAUGCGUCAAAACCUCCUGAACAGGUGGCUUCUGGUGUGCCUUCACAAAUUGUCUCUGCUGAAGUAAAAUCAAGUUCAAGAAAAGAGUUGCCUGCGGAUCUUUUCACUGCAACUUAUCCAUCCUUUCCAGCACCAGUUAUGGGGUGGCAAACUGGUCCACCUUAUGCGAUGGGAUAUAUGCAAUAUAACACUGUCAUGACAAUGCAAGCUUUGCCUCAGCAAUCAAAAUCACUGAACCCAUUUGAUACGAGUGAACCUUCUCGAGUUCAGACUUCAAUGUUUCCCUCCAUGGCACCCUUGCAGGGUGCCUUACCAAAUGUCCCACCCUCUUCCAGCCUCAUGCGUGCGCCCAGUCUUGGUACUCCCACGCCAUCAUGGAUACCCCCUCCAGGAACCUAUGCAUCAGCAUUGCCUCCAAGUGCCUACAUGGGACAGCAAAUGCAUGGUAACGUGCCUCCUUCCAGGUAUCAAGGAGUAGGGGGAUUUGGCAUGGAGGGGGCUUCCUAUGGCCCCUUGAAUACGCAUCAGUUAGGAACUGCCGGUUUUCAAGCACCCCAUACACCGAAUUCUUCGGCACCAGUCGGAGGGAACCCUUUUGGCUAGAUGCAAAGAGCAAAGCUCCCUGACUUCACUCGGGCAUCUCCUUGCUGCUCCUCUUCGUCUUGUCUAGUGAAAAGUUUUGGUUUCUUAUUCUAAUAGAGAGGCAGCUAGAGAGAUAUUCAUUUGCAUCCAUUAUUUUGGGGCAGCCGUCAACACAACGGAUUAGUGGAUGAAAAAGUCACUUGAACUUCAGCUGAAAUCACGCAGGCUCAAGACGUCGCCUCCUUGAUCCAAGUUUUAUCUUCUUUUAUGCAGCAAAGGUGUCAAAUCUGUUUGUAGAUUCUCGUUAGGUAUUUGAUGGUCCAACUCGCUUUGCUUCGGUUGUAAAAUCCCUUCCUUUUCAAUUUAGUUACGAGAUUGUUUUCGUAAGCAUCACUACGUUCUGUCGGAUAACGUUCAUGACACGAAGCUUGUAAUGAUGUAUUGUGGGUUGUGUAUAUGUUGAUAUUAUUGAAUGAUGAGUUUUGUAA